AUUCAAGUAUUGGCUCCGUAAACGUCUAUUAACUCACCAGACUUUAAAAUCGAAAGCAGCUGAAUAUUAAAAACACACGGAAUAUAGUCAGGGGUAACGUACACAGGAGGUAACGUUAUGGUUUAUUAUUUUAUUUGGCGGUAGCCCGUUUGAUGUUGUUGCUAUGGUGAUGGGACUUAAUAGCGAGGCUAAAGGAAGACAAUCGACCGUCUGUUAAACAACAAUCAACAAACAUUAUCAUUCCUUUAAAGAAAUCAGACAUGGAUGAGCGCUUUGCCUUUCUGGCUGAGUGGUACGACCCCAGUGCUGCUCUCCUGCGACGAUACCAGCUGCUCUACUACCCUAAAGAUGGCUCUGUGGAGAUGUUUGAUAUGAAGAACCAGCGCACCUUCCUACGGAGGACCAAGUUUGAUGAGAUUCAUCCAGAGGAUCUGUUUGUUGGCAACCGAGUAAACAUCUUUUCCCGUCAGCUGAACCUCGUAGGUUACGGGGAUCAGUACACAGCCAACAAACUGGGCAGUAAGAAGGAGAGGACUUUGGCUAUGAUUAAGCCGGACGCUGUCACUAAAGUUGGCGACAUUAUUCAGAUGAUUUAUGAUGCCAACCUUAUUGUCACCAAAGCCAAAAUGACCAAACUUACAUGGAAGCAGGCAGCAGACUUUUACACGGAACAUCAGUCAAAGUCUUUUUUUAAUAAUUUGGUGCAGUUUGUGAGCUCCGGUCCUGUGAUUGCUAUGGAGCUGAUGGGGGAUGAGGCAGUGUCUACCUGGAGAAAAGUUCUAGGCCCGACUGAUUCUGGUGUGGCACAAAAAGAUGCAGCGAAUAGUCUCAGAGGACAGUUUGGUACCGAUGGCACUAAGAAUGCAGGACAUGGGUCAGACUCAUUGGCAUCUGCUGCACGGGAGCUGGAGUUCUUCUUCCCUUCUACUACUGGUCACGGUCCCUCCAACACAGCCAUGUACUUAGACUGCACCUGCUGUAUCAUUAAACCUCAUGCCAUCUCAGAAGUGUUGACGGGAAAGAUCCUUAAGUCAAUUAUAGAAAAUGGAUUUGAGAUAUCUGCCCUACAAAUGUUCAACAUGGAUCGAGUGAAUGCUGAGGAGUUUUUAGAGGUUUAUAAAGGGGUUGUAGCCGAGUACACUAAUAUGGUGGAUGAACUUUGUUCCGGACCUUGCAUGGCCCUGGAGAUCCAUGCUACCGAUGCACCCAGAACCUUUCGGGAGUUCUGUGGACCUGCAGACCCUUGCAUUGAUGUUACAGAUAACUUGAUCAAGUUGAUAGAAGUGAAGAAGAGCAAAUGGAUAUGUGUGACAGUAGUGAAAAAUUUAUAAUGGUGGAUCUUGUUGGCAUUAAGAUCUCCACUCAAGUCAUGUUUUGAGAGUUUUUACCUUUCUUAUUCCUGCUUGUUGUGAUAGUAUUGUUCAGUGUAACCUUAAGUGUAUGUGUACACAAGGAAACAGUGUCUUUUUUUAGACAAAGUUCCUUGAACAAGUUGCAAGGUUGUGUCAAAAUGUGUGAAAUUGUAUUCUGCUGUUUUAUUGGAACAGACCAACCUCACAAAAGAAUAAAUUCACUCGUUCCUGUGUAAA